UUGCCAGGUCGGAUCAGCUGAUCGGCUUGUUUUCACUGUGGCGGCGGACAAAGGUCACCAAACGCCACGCAUGAUGGGAAAUGUAGUCCGUCGUUCAGAAUUGAAGCCUGAUGGGAAAUUUAGUCCUUUGUUAACAGACCUUAAACACAAUAAUCUUCCUUUUUAAGUGACACUAAUAUAUAAGUCUAAUCAUAUAACAGAACCAAUUUGCGAAAAGUUGCGUCAAACUUGUCUAUCACUUACCUUUUUAAUUAUGCACUCAAUUUCCCACAAUGCAAUGUGGUGUUAUUAUUUUUUUUUUUUUUACAUCCGAGGUCACGACCAUGAAUGUCACUGGAUAAUCGUGCAGCAGUGUUUGAAUAGUUUAUAACAUUUCUAAAGGCAAUAUAGAUUUUUUUUAAAACGUACACGACUUUUUUAUGUUUUGACCGCGAGGUCUGCCACAGAUCAACAUGGCGGAAGAAGAGUUCACAGAUAUAAAUGGGAACUCGAUUUCUUUACAUUGUCAAACUCACUCUGCUUUUUGCAGAGAAUUUGCUGUUAACUCACCCAAAAUGUCGUUGCGCAAAGUGAUGGUGUACACCUGCUUCAUUUGGCUUUUCGCUUAUGCUGUAUUUUUCUUCACUGAGAACACUGCUGUCCUCUCGAGCGCCAUCAUCGUCACGCUUUUGGGAAUGAUCAUUCAUAUUCAUUUUGUGAAAGUGGACCAAGAGACGCUGCUCAUCAUUGGCUCACUUGGUGUCCAGCUGACUUCAUCUUAUGCAUCUGGACGAGAAAGCACAACCUUCAUUGAGAUGAGCAAACUUAAAGACAUUGUCAUCAAUGAGGCUGUGUAUAUGCACAGUAUCAUUUAUUACCUGUGCAUUCUGAUCAAGGAUCCAGCAGAUCCUGAGAAGGUGACCAGUGUUGUUCCACUUUUCCAGAGUUCAAAGCCUCGGCUGAAUUGUUUAGUUCACGUGUACAGAAGCUGUCAGGAGAUUAUUGCACAAUGAAGAUGAGUGUUUCUUUAAAACAGGAAGAUGAGAACACCUGUAAAUACCUACACCUACACUGCAAAUCCUUUUUGUUAGAUACAUUGGUAACACUUUAUUAAUAAGGUUGUAUUUGUAAACAUUAGUAAAUGCGUUUGAUUUCUGUAUUAGUAAAUGCUAAAAUGAACCUGAACUAAGAUUUUUUAUUAUUCACUGUUAGUUUAUGUUAGAUAAAAAUGUUACCACUUUGUUAUACAUUGCAAAAAAAUUACUUUCUUAGUAUUUUUGUCUUGUUUUUAGUAUAAAUACCAAAAAAAUCUUAAAUCAAGAUGUAUUAUCUUGAUAAGCAAAAUUACCUUAGAAAAUAAGUCUAGUUUUUAGACAAAAAAUAUACAAUUUUAGUGAAUUUAUGCUUAAAACAAGCAAAAAUAUCUGCCAGUCGGGUGAGAAAAUUUAGCUUGAAUUAAGUAUUUAAGAAAAAAGAAAACUUAUUUCAAGAUUUAAAAAUACUAAGUUUUUACCACAAAAUUUUUUUGCAGUGUAAAAGUUAAUAGCAGGAACAGUAUUCAAGGUUUAUUUUAGAACAUUAUUAUCUACUAAUCCAACAUAGGUGCAGUUUACUGGAUAGGCUUUAGAUUAAUCCAGGACUAGCCCGGUUGCAUAAAGCACCUUAAGUGUAAUUUUCCCUUAAAUUCACCCUUAUGUUUCCCUUAAACUUAAAGGUGUUGCAGAAAAACCCCUUAAGUGUUUUCUGUUGCGUCGCCAUGGCAACAAUUGUUUUAUAACGGCAAAGCUGGGUCGCUGUCGUGAAACGUGAUUACCUUUACCUAAGAGAACCAUUUAAGGGAUUAUACUGUAUGCAACACCCUUAAAUUAUUAUCUUAGAUAAAGGAAAUUUACCCCUUACCCCUUAGUGUCAUACUUAAGGGAAAAACUUUAGGUGCUUUAUAAGUUAUAUUAGGACAUGUAGGCUAGUUUUUUACAAACAAACCUUACAAAUAAACAAUAUUGGUGUGCAUCUUGACACAAACCAGUGGCACGCAUGUAUGUUAAGAUAUGUCAGGGCAAGGUGUUUUUAAAAUAAGGCAGCUCAAACGUACAUUUUAGUCUGGGACUAGGAUAAGUCCUGUCUGGGAAUCUGUCCCUUAGUAUUCCUUUGUGUGUUCAUACAUAAACGACACUCCUGCUGAUUUUGAUAUUUACCAUUUUCUAAAUGUUGUUAAUGUUUUUUUUUUUUUUUUAUAAAUUAAAAACUAAAUAGAUUAAUUUACAAAGCUGUCGAUUGUCCUUCUAAAAACAACCACUAGGGGGACAUGUGUGCCAAUUUUUGGAUCUGGAAUAAAAUUCAGAACAAAUUUAGUUAAUUAGAUGUUAAUGAUAAAAGUAAUAUUUCCUGUUUGGUGCUGUUUUUAACAAUUGAAUGUUUUAAUGAUUGGUUUAGUAUUUCAAUUACACAUUUAUAGAUCAAUGAAAAUAAAACCACUGUAAUUUAAAUGACAUUUGCAAAUAAAUGUUAUGUUUAUUAUAAAAUAAAGUGAAAUGGAAAAAGUCUAAAAA